AUGCCGCUGUCUCUCCCUUUUAUCGAUUUGAAGAAAGCCUUUGAUACAGUUGAGAGCGAAGCGGUCAUGGAGGCCCUGUACAACCAAGGCGUCCCUAAUCCAUACAUAAGGAUACUUCGUGAGUUGUAUAGCAACUUCACGACCAAAAUUUUCCUACUCUACAGUGAUAUCACAAUCGUCGGAAAGAGAGAGUUUUUCACUCCCAUUUUCGCAAAUGCGAUGCACGGAUUGGAAUGGGAUGACGUGGGAGUCAAAGCUGACGGCUGGCAUUUUUGUUUUGCUGGUAAGAUCGUUCUUAUAACAUCAAGCAGCAAUCAGGAGGAACGAAUGCAGGCCGGGUUUGAUUAA